ACAGCCCGGGCUAGUUCUCGAUCAAGGUUCCAAAUAGAAUGCUGUACAGAAAAGGAGUGCAUGUUUAGCGUUGAAAACCAUGGGCCAGCCUUGUACAAGAAGAAACAACUAUCCUCUAAGAAAUUAUACUGUUUCAUGUCUUCUGUGAAUUUGUAUCUACUACAACAAGACUGCCGAUAAUUUUCCGAACGUGCGUUAAUUGAUUAAAGGGAAAAUACCAAGUGCUGUCAACGGACAAAAUAGUGCGAGUGUGCGACCAACAAAAACAACAACAGUGAAACGAAAAGAAAAUACGACAAAGAAGAAGCAACGGUUUGAUGUGGUGGUAGGCUAUGAGGAGAUGCAACCUUUUCUUACUCUUUCUACUUUUAGAAAAUUAAAAAAAUAUUAUUUUGCUACAUAAAACGCAACUGAUUAUUGCGUAAACAAUUGGGACUGUAUUCAUGUAUGCUGUUUCGAGAAACCGUUACUUUCCAUCAAAUAAACUGUGAAAUAACGAUUGAUUUCAUCAAGAAGGCACACAAAACGACUUGCCAAUUAGUUACGAACCAUGAUGAAAUUCCAUAAUUCGGACCUAUGGAUUGCUUGGCUGGUUUUAUUUUGCAUGGAAGGUUCAAGAUUUGAUCUACACACAGGAACAGUGAGCGUGAGGGCGUUGGAUGUCACAGUGACCCAGAGCAGCAUCCAGGUAGCCCGCGGCCAGGCGGCCAUCUUGCCCUGCUCUUUCUCCACCAGUGCUGCCCUCAACAACCUCAACAUUAUCUGGAUGGUCAUCCCGCUGUCCAAUGCCAACCAGCCCGAACAGGUGAUCAUCUACCAAGGUGGCCAAGUGUUCAGUCUAGCCAACCACUUAAAUGGCCGGGUGGGUUUCGUGGCCACCAUGCCCAGCACAAGUGCUUCUAUCUUCAUCAACAACACCCAGCUGUCAGACACGGGGACCUACCAGUGCCUGGUCAACAACCUCCCCGACAGAGGGGGGCGCAACAUCGGGGUCAUCGGCCUCACCGUGCUGGUGCCCCCCUCGGUGCCCGCAUGCCGUAUCCAGGGAACGCUGGACGUGGGCGCUGACAUCAUGCUGAUGUGCAGCAGCGAGGAGGGGAUCCCCACGCCCACCUACGCCUGGGAGAAGUUGGAGUCGCUGCCCAAGCUGCCCCACACCGCCAUGCAAGACCAGAUGCAAGGGACCGUAACACUGAGGAACAUCAGCACCAGUACAUCUGGUCUGUACCAGUGUACAGCCUCCAACGCCAUCGGCAAGAGCACCUGUCUACUCAACCUGCAGGUUGUGGCACCCCAGCCCCAGAGUGUGGGUCUCAUAGCUGGCACCAUCGCCACGGGCGUGCUGGCUGUCAUCAUCUGCUCUCUACUGGUGCUGGUUACACUCUUCUACUGGAAGAACAAGAACAAAUACGAGGAGGAGGAGAUACCCAACGAGAUCAGGGAGGACGACCUGCCCCCUAAGAGGUCGUCGUCAGUGAAAGCGUUUCACGCCGACGCCUCAUCCUCAGAGAACGACACCCUGACGUCCACCAACACCUACAACAGCCGCUACUGGCACAACCCCAAGCCCAACUACGACACCAACUCCUACACCCGCUACAACGGCGACACGCGCCAGACGUUCUCUACGGGGCAGGCAGGACACACAGGUCAAAAGGGGGUACAUGCAGCUCACACAGGACACGGGACGCUGGCGCCGCCGGGCUCCGCCCCACUGGCCCGCCAGGCCUACUCCAAUGGUAGCCACACCCUCCCCCCGCCCAAGACUCUGGUAGUCACUACCAACUCCGCCCCCUCCCCGCCCACCAUGGUGCGCAGCAAUGGCUCGGUGAGCCUGAAGCCUGUGACGGUGGCAUCGCACGGCGGGUACACGCACUCGUACGCCGUAAGCCAGGCCACGCUGGAGCGCAUGGGCGCCGUGCCCGUCUUGGCACCAGCCCAGAGCAGAGCAGGCUCUCUGGUCUAAAGUAAACUGUUACUGGGCUGAACCAGCCUGCCUCACCACUUCUUCUCUGUUUCUCUCUCUCUGUUUCUCCCUUUUUAACUCAUAAACAGGAUUUUACAAUACCGACUUCAUCUAAUGCCAACGUCUCCAAGUACAGGACCUCGUUUAAAAACAGUGCCAGGUGUUCUAUUCCUUUUGGUUUGUUUUGUAUCUCUUCUUGGGUGUGGUUUUCUCUCACUGGUUCCUUGCAUUAAAUGGCUGUAACCACUGGGAUUAUACACAAAAGUCACACAUAAUCAUCUGACGUUUCAGGUGAUUGUGACUGUGGGUUUUGGACUCAUCAUGACAGUGAGCAUUAACCGUUUAAUAUCUGUGUUUUAACCACAUCUAGACACUCCAAACCCUGCAAGUCCCAUGGAGAACCAUCCGAAUGUGCAUGUACUGUAUAUUCCAUUGAAAACAAACAACCAGAUUCUUGCUAGUAUUUCAUAUCACUCAGCUUUUGCGGUGAUAAUAAUUGUUUCUUAUCUUUAAAAAAUGACAGAGAUGUUCUUUGAUUCACUGCAGUGGUCUUACAUGAACAGAGCCAUGGUGGUGGAAAUGGCCUUAGAAGAGCAGAGAGUUAUGGAAGGGAUUUCUGGUGAAUUACCAAAUGGCAAAGACAACAGAAUGGCACAACACAGUAGGCUGGUCCCGUGACUGGACAGGGGUUUUCUGAUUCUGUUCAUUAGCUCCAACUUCAACAUGUUUAUUCGUUUUUGCACGGUAGCACACUUUUAAUCACCAACUCCUCUGAAGAAAUGUCUUAUUAUAGAACGGUCUUACUUACGCAUCCCCUUACCUCUACAGUGAAACUUGUAAGGAUUCAGCAUUUACAUUGAUUAGGUCCAGUAUCGAUAACUACGGUCUUACCUCAAGAUUCCAUUACGUUAAAAAACCUUUCCCUGAAACUUGAAUCUGCAGUUUGAGACAUACUGACAGUGUUUAUGGAAGUCAGUGAUAUUGUAUACAUACUGCUGAUUUAUUCUAACAAAAUCCAAUCUCACAUCAGUGCUGCUUUGACAAGAAAACAUAGAAAACAUCUUAUUUCAUAAAUCCUUUCUAAGAAAAAAUAUAUUUAAAGGGGAUUUCCCUUGAGAAUGCUAACAAUUACUUUUUUGUACCUACUGUAAAUAUUGUAACUACUGGUAGGCUGGGUUGUGAAUUUAAGAAAAAUACUUCUGUUUCUAAUGGAUGCAUAUUUUACAACUCGUAUGUCUUAAUUUAAGAGGUCUAUUCAUUUCUGUUAACAGACACUAAACUGGGUUUUGUAGACUGUUGUUUUGUGUUUGUAAAGAAGGGAUGUCUAAUUUGUACAACUAGGUGUCCUCUGUGGGUGCAGCUGCAAGUUUGGGCUGUGCAAUUUAUACAAAAUGGCAAAGUAUCACAGAAACCCCCGUAUACUAAAAUGAUUGUCUGCAUCUGUUGAUGUAUUAACAAAUGUAUACUCUAUCGAUUGUUUUCCAGGGCACUUGGAUUUUUUCACAGCUACAAAUUCCAGCAUUAAAAAGUUACUUAAGUAUCCCCAAUGAUGGUUGAAAAUGAAAUUAAUACCACCUGUAAUUAAAUAUCUAGGUUUGUUCCAGCAGUGUUGUAGUCUUGCUAUUGAGGUAGGAAUCAGAAUGUUUUGGGGGCCAUAUUUUUUAGACCGUUUUUAGACCUUAAACUAACUGCUGAUUUAUGUUUUUAUAUGAAUUGUACAAUAUUAUCUAUCCUGCUCUUUGCAUUGAAAGUCAUUAAUAUUCAACUUAAUAUUUCACUUGAAAGACAAAUUGUUUUGAUAUUGUGUGAUAUUACAUUAAGAAAAUGUUACAAUUUGUUUAAGGGUAACCAAAAAAAACACUUCACUCCUGAGAAAACGUGUCUCCUGUAUUUGGUGUCAGGAUCUUUCUCAUUCGGUCUCUACAUAUACUGUACCUAAUGAUAGCUGUGGUCUCUACAGUAUGAAUUCGGCCAUUCAAUGUGCUCAAGUUAAGUGUUAUUGAAUUUAAUUGAAAUAUGCUCCAGUAAGAAUCCAUUAGACGUAUUCAAUUAAACCUCCUCAAGUAAACCAUUAUGGAUGGUGAGCAGAACUUUCUGUCCUGAAGCAAUAAAGACCUACCAGGUGAACCACAUUAGGAGGACCUGUUGAUGUACAAGAUAGACAUUUAUCAAACUGUUCCUUUUCUGUCGCUCACUCAGCUGAUUGGCUGAGGUCCCUGCUCAUUGGCUUAUGUGUCAUGUCUCAUUCCCUCUGUCAGGGAACCAAGAUUAUAUUAGUAACUUAAUAAUUAAAAGCAAAUUGCUUAAUUUUAUCUCUGAAAGCGGCCAUGACUAAAACACUGUUCAGUCUGAUCAGGUAAUAUUCACAACUUUUGAGAGUAUUCUUUGCGUAUGUUUGGUGUUCAGGGACUUGUUUCAACGUCAGAGUACAUCCAUGUGAUUUAUGUAUGUACUGUUUUAUGUACAGUGCCUUCAGAAAGUAUGCAUACUCCUUGACUUAUUCCACAUUUUGUUGUGUUACAGCCUGAAUUU